AUGUGGUGGUGGUGGUGGCUCAGUCGCUGCACGUUUUGCUCGUGUCGCUUGUCAGACGUGGCGCUCUCAGCCCCAACCGACGUCGAGCGCCACGUUCGCUCCCCCUCGUCGUCGUCGUCCCCCGUCCUGUCUCUGUCCCACCCCACAGGAGCCCCUCGCCCCGGUCUCUACACCGCUCGCCACCACUUGACGCAGGAGCUCGUGGCCGUCCACGUCCUGGACCGCCGCUUGUUGCGCGACCGCAAGACCCGACGGCGACUGCGUCAGGAAGUGCGACUGCUGCAGCUGGCACACGGCCACGAGAACCUGCUGCAGCUGCACGAGGUGAAGGUCGUGCAGACGCGCGUGGAGCUGACGUUCGAGCUGGCGAGAGGGGGCCCCGUGCUGCCCAAGGUGCAGUCGGAGCGAGACGCGAGUCAUGUGGUGCAGCAGACGAGCCAGGGCCUGCUGUUCCUGCAUGAGCACGGCAUUGUCCACGGCCAAGUGCGACCCGAGUACCUGCUGUACAGUGAAGACGAGCCGGACGCGCGCGUGCUGCUCGUAGCUUUUGGACGAGCAGCUCCGUGGAAAUCGUUGAGGCUCGAUCGACGACAAUCAACGACCGAGACGCUGCUGUGGGAUGACGUGCACCACGUUCACUUUGUACCGCCGUUUCUAUUGCGACGGAAGAGCGGACGGGACUGGAAAGAGGUCAAUCGACGACGACGGGGAAGGCGGUUGGUGACCACUUGGCGAGAAGCGCAGCAAGUGGAUGUUUGGGCUCUUGGCGUCACUCUCUAUGUGAUGCUGUGUGGGUGUUACCCCUUCAGCGACGGAAAAGAGCGGGAUGACAGUGCUGCCGAUGUUGCACGCCGAGUGUUGAAUGGUGACCUGACGUUUCGGGAGAAUGGGGCGCGGUUGAGUCGUGCCGCGAAAGAUCUGCUGCGUCGAUUGCUGGAGAAGGAUCCCGAUGCUGCAAUGAGCAUCAAAGACGUAGCUGCUCAUCCGUGGCUUGAUGAGGCGGUAGCGCCUGCUGUCACCUGGAGCGCCGAUAGGCUUGCGCAACACCACUUGUUUACUGCUAGGUAUGCUGAAGAACUAGCAGCCGUUGCAAAUCGCUCAUCAGGAUCGACCACGUCGACGACCAACUUCACGGAUAUGCAGACGGAAGGUAGAAACACAGCAGCGGGUGAAGCAGGUGCACUGCCCAUGACUGAUAAAGGCCGGAACAGUCCAGGAUUCGGCAGCGGGGCUCUUGAUCACGACACGCUUGACAUGGACACGAACGAAGAAGAGGAAGAAGAUGCUCGUCCGUCAUUUGUAUCCACACAUGGCGCCCAGCUGUUGUUGAACGAAGAAAUACGACACGAGCGCCCGAGUGCCGAUAGUUUCAUGCGUCUCGCUAGCGUCGAGAUGGGAAUAAACAACACGAAUGCGGAAACUGACGACGAUAAAGAUGUACUUGACAUCAGCAGUUCCCCAAAUGCCGAGUACGACAGAGUCUCAGCCACAGGUAUCAAUGCUGUUGGUGGCGGGAGUCGCCGGAAAUCGAUCGACAAAUUGCUGCUGGUACUGCUCGGUCAACGUCGCUUCUUCUCCUUCAAAUCGAUGAGCAGCGGCUCCAGCAGCGACAGGUCCUGA